CGUCGAUGGUUUACCGAAAUCCGCACUCCUAAUCCAAUUAAACGACGUCGACUAAAAAUAUUUAAAAAAAACACACGCACAAGAAAAACAAUGCAUUUGCCCCAAGGAGCAUUGAGCUUUCUGUUCAUCACUUGCAUGAUGUUCGUACUGGCAGGCGGCCAUCCAUCAAGCGACAAGCUGAAGAUCCGAAUACACGUGCCGGUGAAGCACCACACACAUGUGCACACGAAGACGGUCAUUAAGAAGGUUCCGCUGCCCAUUCCGGUGCCGGUCAAGGAGCACCACCACGAGCCGAAGAAGCACCACAGCAGCCGCAGCCACCACCACCACCACCACCACGAGGACGACCAGGACGACGAUUUCGAGGGCUACGAGUACCCCAUCAAGGCCAAGCGGCGCACGCGGCAUCCCUUUGUCUGAGCCCGCCCACAGACCACCCCCAAUCACCCAACCAUCCAAGCAUCCAACCAUCGAACCACCCAACCACCCACUCCGCCCACUCAGCGGGGAAAAUGAAAUCAAAUGAAAUACAAUUU